UUGCGAAACCGGCCGGAGGCGGAGGGAGGCGAAGCGAGCGCGGGCGGAUCCCCCUGGGGCAGGCGAGGGCGGUGGCCGCCAGGAGGAGCCCGGGAAGGGGCAGGGAAGGGACAGCACGCAACUGACGUUUCCUAGACUUUUCCAGCUUCUUGCAAAUACAAACUGUUACUCAGAGAUUGAUGAAGAGAUGGAAAACCUUGCUCUUUUCCAGCCACAGUCCACAGACUUCUGAUGUUUAUUGAUUUUACCAAGGGGAAAAAAGAAGAUAAUAAUGACAGUGAUCUAGCAUUAGUGGUUUGUGGUAAGCAGAGAAGUGAUGGCUGCUUUUAAGUUGGAUUUCCUCCCAGAAAUGAUGGUGGAUCAUUGCUCCUUGAAUGCCAGCCCGAUCUCAAAGAAAAUGAAUGGCACAUUGGAUCAUCCUGACCAACCAGACCUAGAUGCUAUCAAGAUGUUUGUGGGCCAAGUCCCACGGAGUUGGUCUGAAAAAGACUUGCGAGAUCUAUUUGAACAGUAUGGUGCUGUCUAUGAAAUUAAUGUCCUGCGAGACAGAAGCCAAAACCCUCCUCAGAGCAAAGGGUGCUGUUUUGUUACAUUUUAUACCCGUAAAGCUGCACUAGAAGCACAGAAUGCUCUUCAUAACAUGAAGAUCCUCCCAGGGAUGCACCAUCCCAUUCAAAUGAAGCCAGCUGACAGUGAAAAGAAUAAUGCAGUGGAAGAUAGAAAAUUAUUCAUUGGGAUGAUCUCAAAGAAGUGCAAUGAAAAUGAUAUCAGAGUGAUGUUUUCCUCUUUUGGUCAAAUUGAAGAAUGCAGAAUUCUACGUGGUCCUGAUGGUUUAAGCCGAGGUUGUGCUUUUGUGACUUUUACCACAAGAGCAAUGGCACAAACAGCAAUCAAAGCAAUGCAUCAAGCACAGACCAUGGAGGGAUGCUCUUCUCCCAUCGUAGUGAAAUUUGCAGAUACUCAGAAAGAUAAAGAACAGAAACGAAUCGCACAACAACUCCAGCAACAGAUGCAACAGAUUAGUGCUGCCUCUGUUUGGGGAAACUUGGCUGGACUGAACACACUUGGACCCCAGUACUUGGCACUUUAUUUACAGCUCCUUCAGCAGACAGCAGCUGCUUCCUCUGGGAAUUUGAACACACUGGGCAACCUUCACCCAAUGGGAGGGUUGAAUGCAAUGCAACUGCAGAAUCUAGCUGCAUUAGCAGCUGCAGCUAGCGCAGCUCAGAAUACCCCAAGUGGAACAACUGCACUCAACUCUUCCAAUAGUCCAUUAAGUGUGCUCACUAGUUCAGCAGGUUCGUCACCCAGUUCCAAUAGCAGUUCUUCAGUAAACCCAAUGGCUUCUCUUGGAGCGCUGCAAACACUGGCAGGGGCUACUGCUGGCCUGAAUGUUGGCUCUUUAGCAGGAAUGGCAGCCUUAAAUGGAGGGCUUGGUAGCGGUGGCCUUUCAAAUGGCACAGGGAGCACAAUGGAGGCCCUAACUCAGGCAUACUCUGGGAUUCAGCAAUAUGCUGCUGCCGCAUUGCCCACACUUUAUAACCAGAGUCUUUUAACACAGCAGAGUAUUGGUGCAGCAGGAAGUCAGAAAGAAGGUCCAGAAGGAGCCAAUCUGUUCAUCUACCAUCUUCCCCAGGAGUUUGGGGACCAAGACCUACUACAGAUGUUCAUGCCUUUUGGGAAUGUUGUCUCUGCCAAGGUUUUCAUUGACAAGCAGACCAAUCUGAGCAAAUGUUUUGGUUUUGUAAGUUAUGACAAUCCCGUCUCUGCACAAGCUGCCAUCCAGUCAAUGAAUGGAUUUCAAAUUGGCAUGAAGCGACUGAAAGUACAGCUCAAGCGCUCUAAGAAUGACAGCAAGCCAUAUUGAGUGCCCCUCCCCCUGGAACUGGAGUGAGAAGGAUCUUCUGAUUCCUGCCGUUUGUUCAUCGUUGUGCCUAAAGCAUGUCGAUGUGGCGUUCAAGUACAUCGUCCAAAUCCUUGUCUCUUCAGCUUCUCUGAUGCUUGAACUCUCACCCUUUGACCUUGUGUUGACUUUUGAUGCUGAUGUGUAUUUUUAUUAUGUUUGUUUCUUCUUUUUUUUUCCCUUCUUUUUUUUUGUGCUGCCAAAUUGGUUUUGCUAGAAAGACUGCUGAUGGGGAAUAUUUAAACUUGCAUUUGAAUAUAAAAGAAUUCUAUUUUUCUAGAACUUCAUAAGAUAACCACUUGAUUUUGUGAUUCUGAUUCUUUGUAAUUGUCUUCAGAGCAGCCUUGCUAGCAUACCUCGUGGAGUAUUUGUAUUUCUGUGAACAUACAGCCAAUCACUUUCUAGGCUUAGUUUUUUCUGUGUGCUUAGUUUCAACAAAAAUCUUUGAAGGAAAAAGUAAAAGGAUGCAACUCAAAACUUUCAGGAGGCUUCUGGUCACAUUUUGCUGAACCUACUUGGCCAUGCUUGAGAAGAUAACAUGUGUUCUAUGACUUGAGUAGCUUCAGCAGAAAACACUUGAACUAUAGUUUUUCCUGAUUGUAGCUGCAUUUUUGCCCUGGCACUUAACUGCUUUUUCCUUCCUGUGUGAUUAUCAGCCUUUGUCUGCAGUGAGAAUUUAAUCAAAGUUGGUGUUGUAUUUUGUUAAUCCUUUGCAUGCUUAGUUUUUUGUAACUACAAUCUCCUCAGCAAAAUGUGAGUUUUUGUUUUUGUUUUGUUUUUCUUUUAAAAUUUCAAAUAAUGCCCCUGUAAACGUUUUGCAUGUUUCCUGCUGUGUUCUUCACAAUCCUGUGUGUAUAUAUAUAUAUAUAUAUACAUACACACACACCCUUCACCUCUGUUUUCUAUAGUUGGUGCAAAAACUGAGCAAUUUAUUAGGUUUCAAAGCUGUCCUUUUUUGGAUGCCAGACUUGUGAUCAUAUGUCAUGUAAGGACAUCUCCUGUGCAUUUAGACUGCUUUACACAGUAUCUGCACCUUGCUCUAUUAUCACAGCUAUGGAAAGGUCUCAGGGGCUUGAUUGCACUGUUCAGAUGGUCAUGGUGGCAGCGGCAGGGAUAUAAGUUUAACAGAAAGAUGUGGGAUGUUUGCAUAAUACUGCUUCUGAAAUCCAUUGGAGCUCAGGCUCUUUUGGGGUAGCCUUAAUUUGUACCUCUUGUUUAAUAUGCGACUUGCUUUGUGAAAAUUUUAACACCAAUAACUCAGUGAAUGGAAGCUUGAUUGCUCUCCAGUUCUUACACUUGAAAUAGCAUGUCGUAUAUAUCCCAUAGAAGGAAUCUGUAAGCCUAGGCACAAAACUGCUGGCUCUUUCUCCAAGUGACAAGCACAAUAAAACAGCACAUUGGCUGUUACCUGAACAGGGUACCAACCCCGGCUCCUAUUCUCAGGGGCCUUAGCUGGGGGAAUCUCCUCUGUGGAGAAUUUUUUUUUAAGUUUUGUUCUUCAAUUGGGUUAGGAGACGUGCAGUUUUCUUUCUUUUUUCUUUUCCCUUUUUUUUUCUGGCCUAAUGAAGAAAUAGGACAGAUUAUCCUUCUCUGGGAAACAUGCUUCAGCUUUGCUGCGCAUAUGAUCUGCUUUAGAAGCUGAGAUAUAGUCCGGGGGCUUCACAGCACCUGCAAAAAAUCCUGUGGUAAGGACUAAGCACAAGGGGCAACGGGGUAGAGGAGAAGCUAUGAAGGAAUUUUAACAGGAGGAAGGAAUGUGAAACAAAACAUUUGGAGAGUAGAAACAUGUAAGAUACCUAUCUAGGCUUUAGGAAGCUUUCACUCUAUUGUUGGCAAAAACCAGCUGCCAACUCUCUUGCUGGAUGGGUAAUCUCUCUCCGUAUUUGUUUUUCUCUCAACCUUGUGAUCAGCAUCGCUAAGGAUGAGAGUGACUUGAAAGGGGAUAUAUCAUUGCAUUAUUUGGGGUACAGCUGUGAGAUGAUUGACCUUAGGCUCACAGUCACAAUGCACAGGGGUGUCUGAUGGCAGGGAAGUCAAGGCCUUGCAGUGUAUUAAUUAAUUUUGCCAAUACAUUUAUUUAUAAUGCGCAUACAGUUUCAUGAGAAACUCUGGAGAAUCCUGUGGUAAAAAAAAAAAAUCUCUGGAGAAAACCAAAAUGCCAAACAUUAGAUGUUCCUUUCCUUUCUUUCCUUUGAUUGUUUUAAUAAUUCUGUGGUGGUUUUAAUGGAUUUGAGACAGUAAAGCAGCAGCUGCCUUUUAUUUCUAGCUGCUUUUUGUGAAUAAUUAAAAAAAAGAAAAUUUACAUUUUGGAAAAAAAAAACCUGUGGGCUUUUUUAUUGGUACAAACAUUGUAUUUAACACUAGGGGUUUUGUACAGUUUUUUGCCUUUUCUACUAGAAAACAAUGUAAAGUGAUUCACAAAUGUGACAAGAAAACAAAUUGCCACUAUGACCAAAUGUAGAAUCUGUUCUGCAGUUUAACAGGAUUUAAUCAACUCAAAGUCGUGAUUCUGUUGUAGCAAUGCUUUUCUUUACCCUGUUUGAACUGUUCCUUUUUCUUGUUUGAUUUGCAAAACAAAAUGUCUUUUUAGUGUGAAAUUGUGUUGUACUCUGUAGAAAAUUAUGGAUUUUACUUUAGUGGUUAAAAAAGAAGCACAUGUUGCUUUUCUGAUCACGGAGUUUGUGUAGUGGAUUUAAAAAUGAAAGUUUUGUUACAAGUUUGGAACGAGCGAGUAUGUAUUAAGGAAUUUUCUUCCUUUUGUGUGUGGUUUCUUUUUGUCCCACUGGGGAACUUAAAGCUGUUUUAAUUGCACAGACACACAGACAAGAAGUCAUUUUGUAUAUGCCAAGUGUGGUAUCUCCCUUUGUUUAUUUGCUAUUAAACUGUUUGAGAAGAAA